AUGGACCGCACUGAGGACGACUGGAUACAAGAACGUGCGGAUGACCCGAGCAGCGGCGACGAGACGAGCCCGAGCAGCGAUACCGGUGAAGACAUCCAGCGAGGAUGUCCGCAGCUAGACGCCAGAUAUCCCAUCGUCAGAAUACUAGUGCCACAGCAGGGACUAAAGCCACGACCACAUGGCCAGAAGCAGGGCGCCAACAUAGUCAAGCAAGCUUCAUGGACCAACCUAUUUGCCUUGCUUGCCGUACUGGCCGUGUCCGUGUUCUCCCCAGUGGAAGCAGGCGGGAAACUUGGCUACGGCGGCGCUGGCUACGGAGGCCUGGGAUAUGGUGGCCUUGGCUACGGAGGCGGUGUAGGCGUCGGCAGCAGUGUUGCCCUUCUUAGCGGUGGGCCUGCUUUUGCCAAAGCCGUGGCGGGACCAGCUUUCCUGGUGAGAACGGUUCACCACGUCAACAAAGUCAGCAGCGGAGGAGCCCUUGUAGCCCACUCUGGCCUCGGAAGCGGAUAUCGCGGCGGCUACGGAGGAUACGGAGGCGGCUAUGGUGGAUAUGGCGGCGGCUACGGAGGAUACGGAGGCGCCUAUGGUGGAUAUGGCGGCGGCUACGGAGGAUAUGGAGGUGGAUAUGGUGGAUAUGGCGGUGGCUAUGGUGGCUACAAAAGUGGUUACAAAGGAUAAUUCCUGGAUCGUUCACCUACUUUUGCGAAUGCCUUACAAAUGCAAAAGACGAAAUUACAUGCAUAGAUGUGUCCUCGCAACAACGAAGAUGUAUUGACAUUCUAUAGAAUUACUUAUCACUGGUUGUAUGAAGUCGAAAAGUGGUGCCAGUUUACUUCUGUCAGCAUUCACAGAUCAAGAGUGCUGCGGAAAUUUAAUAUUGGCCGGUGUCGAAGGAGGCGGGAUCCACCCUCGACAAAUAGCUGUGAUUGAUGAAGCGAUGAUACCACUGCUGCACUGAUCCAUCGCCUUUUAGAAAAGCACAAAA